CGGGGUCGGGGCGCCACGUCGGCAGCCCCUGAGGUGCAGUUUCCCAGUAGCGAUCGAGAAGAGGAUCGAGGACUUGGGAUCCGGAGCCCAACACAGGGUGUGCACAGCACAGACAUGAACCGUGGAUCAUCCCAGCAUGACAAAGCACUGGAUGUUAUCGUCAAUGCGCCCACAGAGGUUCUGGAUUCCCCAAAGGAUCAUCCCCAACCACAGCCAGGAAUGGUCUGGAGAGUGACCGGGGGUCUGUACAACGUGACGAGGGGAGCCAUUGGGGCCACGGUGGGAGGCGUGGUGUGGCUUGGUGGUAAAAGCCUGGAAAUAACCAAGACAGCAGUGACCUCGGUGCCAGCCGUCGGUGUGGGACUGGUCAAAGGCGGUGUGUCAGCCUUGACAGGUGGUGUUUCCACAGUGGGGUCAACGGUGGCCAAUAAAGUCCCUUUCACAGCAAAGAAGAAGGACAAGUCUGAGUAAUCCAUUGUUGUGGAAAGAACAUGCGAUGGACACUGCAUUUAGUGCAGUGCUGGGGGAUUGCUGCCUUGCUAGAGAUGCCUUCCUUUGAAUGAGACGUUAAACCCAAGUCCAGUUUGCCCGUUCAAGUGGACAUGAAGCCUUGGUGCUAUGUUGGGGGGCAAAAAAAGGGAGUUUCUAUAGUAAUGUGGUCAACCCUUUUCCUGUUUAAUUGUUCAUUCACUUCCUGGCUGUUUGUGAGACAUUGCUGAGCACAAAUUGGCUACCACAGUUCCUUUCAAAUCCGCAGUCACCAUGCUUAACACUAUUUUCUGUGAAGCCAUUGAGAUAUUUGAUGUGAUUUAUUAAUAUUAAAUGCAAGUAAUGUUUGGUUUGUUUUGAAUUAAGAUACAGAAACCUAAAUCUUUUAAAACGUCUGAGGUGCAGGUGCAUUGCAGAGCAAAGCUGUCACACCAAAGGUUUCUUGCCAUCAGCUAAAU